AUGUCCUCCAAUUCAGUACCAUUAGGUGAUAUCAUCUAUACAGCAGUCAAACCAAUAUUCAAGAUUUAUAUAAUCAUAUUCUUAGGUUUUUUAAUUGGUCGUAAAAAUAUUUUAACCGUUCAAACUGCAAGAACAAUAAGUGAUAUGGUAUUAUUUAUAUUAUUACCUUCAUUAAUUUUUAAUAAAAUCGUUACAAAUAUUCAAAAUUCAGAUAUAAAACAAAUUGGUAUUAUUGUAUUAAUUUGUCUAUGUCUUUUUUCAAUGGGUGCAAUUUUCGCUUUAUUAAGUCAUUAUUUCACUAGAGGACCACGUUAUUGGAGAGGUGGGUCCCUUAUGGUGGGGCUUUGCCCCAAUAUAAGUGAUUUACCAAUUGCUUAUAUGACUACUUUUGCUGGUGGGAUAGUUUUUAAUGAAGAACAAGGUGAAAAAGGUAUAGCAUAUAUUUGUAUGUUUACAAUGGUUCAAAUUUUAAUGCAAUUUAAUUUGGGGACAUUUAAAUUAAUUGCUUGGGAUUUUAAUACCCAAUUACAAGAAGAUUCAGAUAUUGAAAAUAAUCCUAAGGAAAUGUCAACAACUCAAACUAAUCAAUCUUCAAUUUCAUCAUCAUCAUCUUCAAGAGAAUCAUUUGACCAGGAACAAAAUCAAAUCAUCCCCUUGGAAAAUUUACAAAGAUCAUCAACUUCGAAUUCUCAACAUUCAUCACAUUCAACACAAUCUAUACGAAGACAAAGAUCUCAAUCUAUUCAUGAUGUUAUUAAUGAAUAUUCUGAAUCUGAAAGAAUAAGAUCUGGUAAAGUUGAACCAAUUCCAGGUGAUUUCACAGAUUUAACAACAAUCCCAACAAAACAACCCCCUGCUAAAGGUAAUUGGAAAACUAUCCCCAAAAGAUUAUUUUGGUUCUUUUUGGAUAAUUUCACCAAACCAGUGAGUUUAGCAUGUACAAUUGGAAUAAUAAUAUCAAUGAUUCCAUGGGUAAAAGCAUUAUUUGUCAAGACAAAUCAAACUUCAUUACCAAAUGCACCAGAUCAAGAACCCCCAUUAUCAUUCAUAAUGGAUUUCACAGGUUAUUUAGGACAAGCUACCGUGCCACUAGGUCUUUUAAUCCUUGGGUCAACAUUAUCAAGAUUAGAAGUUAAAUCCUUAGGAAAUUUUAAAAUUUGGUCAACUCCAUUAGCAUUAACAUUCAUUAGAUUAAUCCUUUUACCAAUAAUUGGAGUAUUAAUAAAUACAAGAUUAUCCAAGAUUGGUUGGUAUAAAGAUGAUGAAAUUUUACAAUUUAUUUGUACAAUGGUUUUUGGAUUACCAAAUGCAACUAGUUUAAUUUAUAUUACUGCAUUUUUCACACCAUUAGAGGGAGAUUUUAAACAAAUGGAUUAUUUGGCAUUGACUUAUAUUUUGGAGUAUCCUAUAUUAGCUAUUAGUUUACCAUUUUUAACAACUUAUACUGUUAAAGUUUGUCUAGGGAUGUGA